GAUCGGCCCACACCAACAAUCAGUCUGCAAACAUCGUCCGGCAAGCGUGGCAGCAGCGUGGCGUGGUGCGAUUUUUUGGAACAAACAAACAACACAGUUAGGCCAAUUUUUUGGGAGGACCCACAUAAAAGUAUUAGUAGUAUCAAACGUUCUUCUUUUUCUUGAACCGCCAGUCAGUCAGUGAUAAAUAAAAAUGGCCUUCCGAGUGAUGUCGUUCUCCGCCAGCCUCAAGCAGGUUGCCCAGAUUUCCGAGCUGUUGCUGGCCCGAUCCUACAGUACCGGUGGCCCCAAAAACAUUGGAUUCAUCGGCCUCGGAAACAUGGGCGGUCCCAUGGCCAGCAACCUGAUGGCUAAGGGUCACAAGCUGCACGUGUUCGACAUCUCGGCCGACGCGAAGGAUGCGCUCAAGGCCAAGGGAGCCACCACCUACGACAACGUGUCGGAGCUGGCCAAGGCUUCGGACUUCGUCGUCACCAUGCUGCCCAACAACGACAUCGUGGCCAACACGUACGAAAGCAUCCUGGCCGGUGGUAUCAAUACCAGCACCUUCUUUGUCGACUCCAGCACCAUCGAUCCGAAUGUGGCCAAGGCCGUCCAGAAAAAGGUCAAGGCUGCUGGGGCUACCUUUGUGGAUGCUCCGGUAUCGGGAGGUGUUCCCGGGGCCAAGAAUGCCACGCUGACGUUUAUGGUCGGUGGAACCCAGGAGGAGUAUGAACGCGUGAAGGGUAUUCUCGAGGGAAUGGGCAAGAAAAUCACCCACUGCGGAGGAUACGGAAUGGGUCAGGCGGCUAAGGUUUGCAACAACAUGAUGCUGGGAAUUUCGAUGUGCGGUCUGGCCGAGUGCAUGAAUUUGGCUAUCAGACUGGGGCUCGAUGCCAAGGUCUUCGCCGACAUCAUCAACGCCUCCACCGGUCGCAGCUGGGCUUCGGAAAUCAACAAUCCCGUCCCUGGAGUGAUCCCCACUGCUCCGGCUGCCAAUUCCUAUGCUGGUGGGUUUGCAACCGGUCUCAUUACCAAGGAUCUGGGCAUCGCUUCUGCUGUGGCCACCACCUCCAAUACUCCGAUCCCGUUGGGUGCUCUGACUCAUCAGAUUUACCGCACUUUGAUGGCCAAGGGAUUGGCUAACAAGGACUUCUCGGUGGUUUACGAUUUCAUCAAGAACGAGGAACAGAAAGCCUAAAUAACCUAUACAACAUCGAACGCCAUACAAACUAUCCUACAAAACUUGACUAUAAGGAUCGUUUCUUUCAUAAUGAAGUGUCUUCCAGAGAUUGCAUUUAAUAUCAACCAGUGCUCGGUAUUGUGAUCGAGCAUAGCAGGGAUUGUUUUUAUUAUAAAUCAUAAUAAGAAAAACGUAACAAAUAAAGUACCAAUUCAACUACUCGA